AAUCUCCAUCUGCGGUGAGGACAAGAAAAAGCGAUCUCCCAACCCCUCAUAACCCACUCACUCACUCUCUUUUCACUAAACACCAUAAUCUCACCUAGAAUUCCUCCUUCCAAAGAAGCCCUUCGUUACCGCAAUCAUGAGUGCUCCAGCCCAAAAAUUCAAGGUGGCCGACAUCUCGUUGGCCGCCUUCGGUCGACGUGAGAUCGAACUCGCAGAGAUCGAAAUGCCAGGUUUGAUGGCCAUCCGCAGAAAGUACGCUCCCGAUCAGCCACUGGCCGGUGCCAGAAUUGCUGGCUGCCUUCACAUGACCAUCCAAACUGCCGUCCUCAUCGAAACCCUCAAGGCCCUCGGUGCUGAAGUCACCUGGACCAGCUGCAACAUCUUCUCUACACAAGACCACGCAGCCGCCGCCAUCGCUGCCGGUGGUACCCCAGUUUUCGCCUGGAAGGGUGAGACAGAGCCAGAGUACGAGUGGUGUUUAGAACAACAAUUGAAGGCAUUCCCCUCAGGAAAGUCCUUGAACCUCAUCCUCGAUGACGGUGGUGACUUGACCGCCCUCGUCCACAACAAGUACCCAGAGAUGUUGAAGGGCUGCUACGGUAUCUCAGAGGAGACCACUACUGGUGUCCACCACCUCUACCGCAUGCUCAAGAGCAAGAAGUUGUUGUGCCCCUCCAUCAACGUCAACGACAGCGUCACCAAGUCCAAGUUCGACAACUUGUACGGGUGCAGGGAAUCUCUUGUUGAUGGCAUCAAGCGUGCUACCGAUGUCAUGAUUGCUGGCAAGAUCGCUGUUGUCGCCGGUUUCGGUGAUGUCGGCAAGGGCUGUGCUCAAGCUCUCCACAGCAUGGGUGCCCGUGUCCUUGUCACUGAGGUUGAUCCCAUCAAUGCUCUGCAGGCUGCCGUCUCCGGCUACCAAGUCGUCACCAUGGAUGAUGCAGCUGCCCAAGGUCAAAUCUUCGUCACCACCACCGGUUGCCGAGACAUCAUCGUCGGAAAGCAUUUCGAGGCCAUGCGUAACGAUGCCAUCGUCUGCAAUAUCGGUCACUUUGACAUCGAGAUCGAUGUCGCUUGGCUCAAGAAGAACGCCAAGGAGGUCACCAGCAUCAAGCCCCAAGUCGAUCGAUACACCAUGGCCAGUGGUCGUCACAUCAUCCUCCUGGCCGAAGGCCGUCUAGUCAACCUAGGCUGUGCCACUGGUCACUCCUCUUUCGUCAUGUCCUGCUCAUUCUCCAACCAAGUCCUUGCUCAAAUCCUCCUGUACAAGGCCGAGGAUGAGGCUUUCGGCAAGAAGUACAUUGAGUUCGGCAAGACCGGCAAGAAGGAGGUCGGCGUGUAUGUGCUGCCGAAGAUCCUCGACGAGCAAGUGGCUCUUCUUCACUUGGAGCACGUCAAUGCCAAACUCACUAAACUCACCCCUGUCCAAGCCGAGUACUUGGGUCUGGAAGUUGAGGGUCCCUUCAAGUCCGACCUCUACCGCUACUAGAUAUCGCUCUGUAUUGUUUUAUUUGGAAUGCAUUUAACACCGGCGCCGGCACCUUUAGGGUUUGUUUCUAAUGCUCAACGCAUAGAAUACAAUUGACACGGGUUCUUGUUCUUGGACGGCAAAAGAAUUGCAGGCUCUCAACGACUUGAUUGGGAGAAGGUCGGGAUGAUGAUAUGACAGACACGACCAAAAGUUUGUGUCCUACCUACCUUUCAAAGAGGUAGACGAGAAGAUUAUGUCCUUCAACGGACAUCAACGAAGAGCUUCAUCAGCUCUCGAAAAGAUACCCUAAAUAGAUAGUACGAAAGACAGUUUGCUAACGCAGCCUUGAAAUGAUGUACUGAACAACCC